UUUUUGCCCUGUGCAGAGCGAGGGGAGCUUUCUUAGUGCCAUGUGACCAAAAACAGGAGCAGACAGUUGUCUUCAUACAUCCUGCUCAUUCAUUGCUCCAAAGACUGAGUCAAAGCAGAGUUUUACCGCCAGGAAGCUCCACCAUGAGCAGCAUGGUCCAGAACCCUUACAUCGGCCGGACGCCGAACACUCGGGUGCCUAAGCCUGGUGGAGUUGUUCCAGCUCCACCUGUGAGCCGUGACGGCAGCGGCAGUUUUCGCAGCAGUAGCAUCAGUAGUGAUGGGUCUGGAGGCAGGAUCCUGUCCCUGUUAUCCAUGAGCGACAACGUUCAUGGCGGCCUGAGCUGCUUCUUGCCAGAACAAGCCCUGGAGCACGAGGAGAGGCGUCAGCGUAUUUGCCAGUUAGCAGAGAUUCAGCGCCUGAAGGAGGUCCGUGCUGCCGCCCAGCUCAAAAACCUGGAGGACUUUCUCAAGAUGAACCACGUUUCUUUAAAGGACACAGUGUCUUAUACCACCGGCAUGUAUUACAGAAACCUGGGAAGAUCAGGGCUGAGGGUGUCCUGUCUUGGACUAGGGACCUGGAUUACAUUUGGAGGUCAGAUCACAGAACAGGUUGCAGAGGAAAUGAUGACCCUUGCAUAUGACAAUGGAAUUAAUUUGUUUGAUACAGCUGAAGUGUACAGUGGAGGAAGGGCUGAAGUAAUGCUGGGAAGAAUGAUCAAGAAGAAAGGAUGGAGGCGAUCCAGUUUGGUCAUCACCACUAAAAUCUUCUGGGGUGGAAAAGCUGAAACUGAGAGGGGAUUAUCAAGAAAACACAUUAUUGAAGGUUUGAAAGCUUCCCUUGACAGACUUCAGCUGCAGUAUGUGGAUGUGGUUUUUGCAAAUCGUCCUGAUCCGAACACGCCUAUAGAAGAGACGGUGAGAGCAAUGACCCAUGUGAUCAACCAGGGAAUGGCUAUGUAUUGGGGCACAUCUCGAUGGACGUCAGUAGAAAUUAUGGAAGCUUACUCUGUGGCACGGCAAUUCAACCAGAUCCCGCCCAUCUGUGAGCAAGCAGAGUACCACAUGUUUCAGAGGGAAAAGGUUGAGGUGCAACUCCCUGAACUCUUUCAUAAAAUAGGUAUUGGGGCAAUGACAUGGUCUCCACUGGCAUGUGGAAUCAUCACAGGAAAAUACAGCAACGGGAUACCCCCCCAAGCACGGGCUUCACUGAAGGGAUAUGAAUGGAUCAAAGAUAAGAUCCAGGGUGAGGAGGGCCACCGUCAGCAGCUGAAGCUCAAAGACUUGGAGGCGGUUGCUGAGCGACUAGGAUGCACUCUGCCUCAACUGGCCAUUGCCUGGUGCCUGAGGAAUGAGGGGGUGAACUCUGUGCUCCUGGGAGCUUCCAGACCUGAACAGCUGGAGGAGAACAUCGGAGCGAUACAGGUCCUUCCAAAGCUGUCCGUGUCUGUCAUAGCAGAGGUGGACAGCAUCCUGAGAAACAAGCCCAGCAGUAAAAAGCAGAUGUGAUGAAGCACUCAACCCCCACGUCCUUCAUUUAAGCUACUUUGAGCCACCGGUCGCAUAAGCAGACGACCCUAUGGAGCCCACACCCCCACCCACUCUCCCCAAAGUGGAGACUGCAUGCAGCACCUUCAGAGGAUCAGCAUCACAGACCACAGAUGGUGGGUGUGAAGGGAUGACAGCUUUGUUUUUGGAUACGUGGAAAUGAAUAUAAACACUGUCUUUCUGCAUUUUAGUGUGAUUUUGUGAAUAAAAAAGAUGUUUAUGAG